AUUAAAAAAAAAAAAAAACUCAAAAUAAAUAAAUAAAAAACAUAGAAAAAAGAAAAACAGAAAAGAAAAAACUAAAAACACACAAAAAAUGACAAAAGAACAAAACACAAAAAAACACGUAUGUGCAUAUUCUCUUUUUUAAGCGACUUGGACCCCCCCCCCCCCCCCCCGAGAACCAGUCUAAGGUCUCCACUAAAUACUUUUCCAACAAAGGAAGUGUGCAUAACAGCUCAUCCCUCCCCCUUGAGUGGGUGUGAGCUCGAAAAGAAGCGCCUCAAAUCGACACACUCACCUGCUGUUGCUCUCGGUGUCGUAAAUCCUUGAAGAGAUGAGCUCCGGAAGGGAGGGAGGAAGCUGCCGCGACGCGAGAGGCCGCCAGUGAGCCCCGCCGCCGCGUCGAGUCCCACAGCAUUGGGGUCGUCCUUGUCGAGCAGGUAGUUGUAAUACUUGUAUCUUAGACGGAAACGUGUGAGCAGUCGGACAGACGCAGAGUGUAGUGUGAUAACCUUGCGCGACUUUGCUUCAUAACUUAAAGUCUAGAGUGAAAAGGGUGCAUGUUCUCCCCUGUGCUCGAGUGAUGGCCUUACGUGUAAACAUUCAUAUCUCAUGCAAAGUUGGGACACGUGUCACUUGGGGGGAACAAACGGGAGCAUAAAGUGCCGAGAGAGAGUGGCCAGGUGUUGGCACUGGCGACGUGGCACUCUGACACCGCGUUUCUCUCUCUUGGAGGAAGCAUAGGCACAAAUAGGAGAGGGAAAGAAGAGGAAGAAAAUGUCGUAUAAACGUGAAGUAAAAGACAAGAGCUCUCUUUCCUUCUAAUAAGGCGUGAGUGACGUACGAAUACUUGGUCUGGCGGACAACAAAGCGUUCGACAGUCUCAUAGUUUUCAGAAAUAAGCUUGUGAAGGAAAAGCAAAGGAGAAGGGGAAAAAAUCAAGCGUUUACAAGAGCGCCGGUCUCGUGCUCGCGUAAGAAAGGAGAGAGAAGGAUAAAGGUUCAGAAAAAGUAAUAACAAAAAAUAAACACAACGACCCUCACCCAAGACGGAGCUUUGAUGUUUGGUGCUUACACCUGCCUCGGAAGAAAGCGUAAUAAAGAGGGCGUGUGCGUCUGUGUGUAUGUGCGUGUCUGUGAGGCCAAAGCAUCGCCGGCAAAGUCACGCAGAAGACGGCUGUUAAGUACCCGUUAUAACGAGCCUUCUUUUGACCCCGUGGCUAAGGCAGCCGAGAAUACAGGCAGAUAAUAAGGCAGACUUUAUGGGAUAGAAGAAAAUACUACCUAGAGUCGGCGACCGGGGACUUCGCUCAGUACCCUUAGCCAAUGGUAUUCCCCAGAAGAGCGACGGAGUGAAACAAAAGAGGAAGAGUUAAAGAAGGGUGAAUUCGAGAUGGUUUCCCUACUGCUGCCUCUCCUGCUGCGCCUGCUAACGUGUGCGAGCGUCGGGGGAGAGGCGCAGGACAGACCUCCUGCAGAUGGCUUGGCGAAGACCACUUCGGGAGAGGGGUUGGAUGGCCCGGGAGCAGCGGGGAUAUUCCUACAGACCAACAGCUCUCGACAUCUAGCCAUGGUCGGAACCACGGCCGUCCUGCACUGCCACACUGGAGACAUCGGCGAGAGCGUGGUGUCAUGGAUUAGGCGCAGGGACUACCACCUCCUCACCGUCGGCCAACACGCGUAUAGCAGUGACGAGCGAUUCCAGGUCCGCUAUGUCAAGCAGGACAAUGACUGGCAGCUUCACCUCCGCUACGUGCAGGUACGGGAUGCAGGAGAGUACGAGUGCCAGGUGUCGUCGCAUCCUGCCACGAGCCUCUUCUCCACACUGCAGGUCGUCGAGCCGACGGCGGAGAUCCUCGGAGGCCCGGAGAAAUACAUCAGGCGGGGCAGCUCCCUCCGCCUCGUGUGUCUCCUCAGGCACUACGAGACUCCCCCGGACUACGUGUUCUGGUACAACGGCGAGAGGAAGAUGAUCAACUACGACCAGCAGGUGACGGUAGAGACCAACAGUACAUGUAGCGUCCUCACCAUUCAGGAUGUUCAGUUCUCAGACAACGGAAGGUACGCUUGUCACCCGGCCAACGCCCAACCAGCCAGCAUCCUCAUCCAUGUGCUGAACGGCGGUGAGACUCCGGCCGCCAUCCACUCGCCGGCCGCUCGUGUCGCCCUUCCCUGCCUGCCUCUGCUGCUGCUGUUGCUACUGCUGCUGAGUCUCGCCAACAUCUCCCAUCAGGAGGUGGUGGUGAGGGACGCCCAGUACCGAAUACGGCGCAUGCGCAAGUACCGGCAGGAACCCUUGUCGCCGUGCCGUGAGAUAUGUCCUUCUGUGUGACGCCUGACCUUCUCCUUCCGCGUCACCCUGUAGGACCGAGCACCCCCUCUCCUUCUCCUUUACUCCGGGCGUCGUGAUGUGACGAGACCGUGUCACUUGCUCCUUAUAAAAAAGAAGCCUGCAUUGCGCAGUGCCAUCAUGUGUGUAUGUCACGUGGUCCGCUGUUGUUCCUUUGCUGUGUGACUCCAUGCACUGUGGCAUAUGACAAUGUAUUUACACCUGCUCUGUGUGCUGUCAUCAAGUGUCACGCGAUCAUUACCUGCACCUGCUACGAGUGAUAUUAAGGAACGUGUUAUAUGAUGACCAGCUAUAUGGACCGUGUGUGAGAUUUCAUGUUUUAACCUUAUCAACUUUGCUGCAAUAAGGUGUGAUGACAUCGUAAGUACACGAUACAUGUUGAACAGAUGUGCAUACGUUAGCAGUAUUAAGCCUCUCGGAAUUUAAGGCUUGAAGUCACGUGAUGGUGUUAGGAGUGUGUGACAGCGGAAAAGGAGACCAGAAUGAGUGCACGUUUGUAAACUGCUCUGAAUGGAGACACGUUAUACGGUCUAUGGAAAGAAGUGCACUAUUUCUCCGAAUCAUAUAAAGAUGUAUCGACUGAAAAAAAAAGAAAAACAAGUGCUGCAAAGUUGAUGUUCACAGCAAACUAAUGACAAUUCACUUCAUACACUACAACAAGUUUUUUUUUUAACUGCAGCAUCUCUUAGAAAUCCCGAGAAACGUCCCUGUGUAUCUCAAAGGGAGGAGAAGCUCACAUUUUCAAAACAUAUCUACUGUAAUAACAGUUAUGAUUCCCCAAAAAACAAAACAACAAAUACAUAAUUUAUGACUUUUAGAUUUUUUGUAUAAGUAAUGUACUAAAUGUCAGACCCAUAGGUAACAGAAAUGCAGCAAGUAGAUAUAUUCAUUUGUUUUUUGACAUACAAAUGACUCGUAUGGAAUUCCCUACCUGGCUGCACCCCAAUACUUGCUUCUUGAUAUAAGUUGUGUACCUUAGAUAUAAAGUGUUUAUUCGUAGUGUACUUUGUGAUUAACCAGAAUAUUAUGAAUUAAUAUGAUGUUGAGUGGAUAACUAUAGUUGUUUGGUUAUUAUUUUGAGUUUUCCUUUUAGUUUCACGAGUUAUUUCUAUUUGUCAUCAACUCUACAACUCCCUGCAAGCUAUGUUGUAAAUAAAAUGUUUAUAGUAAGAAA